AUGGAUAGCACUGUUGAGGAGUAUAAUGUCAAUCUGUGUAUAUUGAAGCUUGUGUGUGGCCAGCUUCAUGGUGUUGGAAGUAUGCAAUCCAUGGUCUUCAUUUCUAAAGAUGAAAAGGGAAGUUGCAGACAAGGAUUUGUACCAAUUGGGCUAGAUGAGCACUGGAAAUCUAUUCUUAAUGAGGGUUCAUCAUAUGCUAUUUCAAGGGUUUCCAUCAUUGAUUGCAACAACUACGUCAAACUUAUUGAUCACAAGCAUCAAUUGACUUUUACUGAGAGGACAACCUCUAUGCCACUACUGGAAACAGAUAUUCCACUGGAACCAUUAUAUAAUUUCCAAAAGCUUGAUAUCAUUCAACAAAUCGAAAAGGACGACAAUAUACAUCAACCUACAGAAGCUAUAAAGACUGAAAUUUUGAAAGAUGUUUUGACACUUAUCAUUGAUGUCCGCCCUCCAACUACAAGACAUACAAAGAAGAAACUUAUUCAUUUUGCUGAGGUCUUCAUGACAUAUGAGACUAUAUUUCCAAAAGUUUGUGUGCUUACUAUUUGGAAGGAAGAAUAUGAAAGAACUAAAAUCUUUACUCUACCAUUUAAGAAACAAUUUGUCCUUCUUGCAAGCAGCCUUAAAGGAAACAACUUUCGCUGGCGAUAUGGGCUACAGGCAUGUCUGUUCAAAAGAUUCAAAAUUGAACCAGAGAACAUGUCGGAGUCUCGACUUCUUCUCAAAGAGUACAAGAUCACAAUUGAUAUCAAGGAUGAUACCGACAGGUUAAACCUCGUAAUUUUUAAUCAUGAUGCAGAGGAAAUUAUUCACAUCUCUGCUCCAGAGCUUGAGAACCUGAAAUUAGAGGAUAACGGACUCUGCAAAAUACACAAUCUCAUAACCAAAGCUCAUGGAAAGGAAUUCAAGUUUGCCUUCCGCCAUGAUUAUACAAAUCACAAGUACAGUUUGAAAGGGCAAUACACUUUCAGUUCAUUGGAUUGGUCGCCUAGAUCAUUUAAUUCAAUGCACAAUAGAGUUCAAGCACUUGAAGAAAGUACUAGCUCAUACAAAUCCUCUGACAAAGAAGCUGAUUCUACUGAUAACGAUGAAAUCAAACAUAAUGUUGUUUCUGACUCCGAAUCUGCUGAAGGAACCCAGUAGACGACAUCCACGUUCAGCCUCAUGCUUGCUUCAUUCCCCUUUUGCUAUGUAAAUAUUAAUAGCUUACGAUGCACUAUGUAUUUUGAUAGCUAGCUGCUUUCAUGUAUGUAUGUUUGUUUAUUAUGGAUCCUAACUUAAACAAUGUGUAUUACAUCUAUUAUCAUAACUAUU